AAAAGCUCAUAUGUAGCUAACAAUUCAUGUAGAAUUCAUCUAGCUACCCACAAAAAGAAUUCCAAUAUCUAUCCUAAUUCCUAACCCGAGGAUAAAUUGAAAACCUGAAAAGAAAGUUUGAAGCAGACAAGAACACAGAGAAAAAGAGGCAUCAGACGGAGACGACGGUCGAGAAGGACACAGUACGGUCAUAUUUGAACAUUAGAAAGAAGAUAUUUUCUUCGAUAAAAAGCAGAUAUUUUUCAAUACACCACUUUCCGAAAAAGAAAAAUUCUUUUUCGCAGUCGCAAUUGACUAAUUGAGUGUCUUAGCGCUCAUUUUCAAGUCAAUAUUCCUUCAAUUUAUGUUUUAAAGUCGACUCCACCAUCUCGGAACAAAUCGAAACAAAUUGGGGCAGAUUCGGUGUACCACUACUCCGGCGGAGAGAAUGGGCGAUUUCUCCGAGUUCCGGCGGCUGGACGAGAAGUCCCUUGUAGAAUACGUAAGGACAGUUCCUUGUCUGGGUUCGAUGGUGGGGGACAAUUUGGAGGUUAAAGAGGUCGGAGAUGGCAACCUUAAUUUCGUUUACAUUGUCGUCGGCUCCUCUGGUUCCUUCGUCCUCAAGCAGGCUCUUCCAUACGUUCGGACGAGGGGAGAAUCGUGGAAGAUGACGAGGGAGAGGAUCUAUUUCGAGGCGUCGUCGCUGAAGGAGCAUGGGCGGUGGUGCGGUGAGCAUGUGCCACAAGUGUACCACUUCGACCGCACCAUGUCGGUCAUAGCCAUGCGCUACUUGGAACCGCCGCACAUGGUCCUCAGAAAAGGCCUAAUCGCCGCUGUUGAGUACCCUCUUCUUGCACACCACAUGUCUGAUUAUAUGUCCAGGACACUCUUUUUCAACUCAAUUCUCUACCACUCCACCACCCACCAUAAACUUGGUGUUGCUGAAUAUUGUGGGAAUGUGGAGAUGUGUAGGCUCACCGAGCAGGUUGUGUUUUCAGACCCUUAUCGAGAGUCUCCGUUUAACCGCUGGACUUCCCCUUAUCUCGACGACGAGGCCGAGUCCAUCCGUCGAGAUAAUGCCUUAAAACUCGAAGUUGCAGAGUUGAAAUCAAAGUUUAUUGAACAAGCUCAGUCUCUCAUACAUGGAGAUCUUCAUACCGGUUCCAUCAUGGUCACUCCCGAAUCAACUCAAGUUAUCGAUUCGGAAUUCGCGUUCUACGGGCCGAUGGGAUAUGAUAUUGGAGCCUUCUUGGGAAACUUGAUCUUGGCUUUCUUUGCACAGGAUGGACAUGCUGAUGAACAUAACAAUCGAAAAGCGUACAAGGAGUGGAUAUUGAAAACAAUUGAAGAGAGUUGGAACCUUUCCCAAAAGAAAUUCAUUGCACUGUGGGAUGAGCACAAGGAUGGGCCUGGUGAGGCAUAUCUACCUACAAUAUACAACAAUCACGAGCUUUGGCAUCUCGCACAAAACAAGUAUAUGACCGAGUUGUUCCACGACUCACUCGGGUUCGGAGCUGCAAAGAUGAUCAGGAGAAUUUUUGGUGUUGCACAUGUUGAGGAUUUCGAGUCGAUCAGCGACCCGAGCAAGAGGGCAGCGUGCGAGCGACGAGCUCUUGAACUAGCGAAGUUUCUUCUCAAGGAACGACGAGAACUUGUUUCUAUCAUCGAAGUCAUUUCGGCAAUCGGCCAAAUCGAGUAAUAAACCAAGUUCAGGGGACUACCAUUCUCAGUUUUGGUGUUGAGGGCAACAUCAUUUAGUGAGAUGCUGUAUCUACUUUUGUAAUAUCAGUCACAAAACAUCCAAUAAUUUCAGGCUUUCUUUUCUUUA